CUCGGCGUUCUUGCGCUACUCGUACUCAGAUAUAGUAAAUGAUCGAGUCUUACCCGGGAGGAAGAAAAGAUGCUCUAAGCGCAGCGGGAGCGGAGGUUGCGACUUCUGCCGCCCGCCAAACCAUUCGUAGCAACGUUAUACCCGCCGGAGUCCUCGAGACAAGAAACGCGGCCCCGUUGCUUAUCGGUAUGCCUAUGCGCGAAAACAGUUACUAAAAUUGGGGAUGAAGUUAGAAAAACUGCUGUGACCUCACUACCCCUGCCAGCGCGGCUAGUGUUUGCGCUUGCGCCCUUCAAGCCAGGAACAGUCCGGAAGCGUGGCCGCGCCGCCGCCCCCUGCCUCGCCGGCUUCUGUGGCCGGCCCCGGUAGAGCCGCCCGGCCGCGGUGUAAUUCCGGGGGGAAGCCGGUGGGGCCUCACCCGCGCGCGCCGCGUUUUCGAAGAAGCAGGUCGACCCCUGGAAAAUCAGGUCGAGCGUGCGCAGUCAGGAAAGGGUCCGGGGUCGGCCUGGCGGGCGACUUUGGAUGGGUUCGGAGAAUGCGCGUAGGCAAGAUUGUGGAAGCAUCUCCGGGGGCACCUCCAAAAUUCGCCGGCCAAACCGCCCCCGCGUUCGCCGCCGGAGAUGCCGGGCACGAAGUGGCACGCGGAUUCGACGCAGAGACCCCCGUGCGAGAUUUUGCGGCACAGCCGUUCCCGUGAAGUCCUAUCUGCGCCAGGCCCCCCGCGCAGAGCGGUUGAGCCCGCGCCCGCACGAGGGAAAGGCCGGCCUUGGGGUCGCCGGCAAAAUGCCUCGGAAUCCCAUCUGCCCAAGUCACGCAGCUGCCAUCGGAGAAAGCGCGCACCCAAGAAAAAAGGUCGCCCGGGGAUUCGGUUCCUGUCGGGUUUUGCGUUCUCCUGGCCACCAAAGUGGAAACAAAGAGAGAAAUAAAGCGAAGAUGAGGAAUAGGGAAAUCACAAGCAAAGUUGGCCAAGAAAAACGCCGUGCAAUGCGUUGGGCGCUUUGCGCGGCGGAUUCUGCAGGCUUGGCGCAUGCUAGGCAUAUAUUCGUGGGCUUCAAUGAUAAUAAGCGUGCGACGCGCCACCGCCACCAUUGCGGGGCCGCGCUGGUUCUUGGCCGUAGCCGAGCGGGGCCCGCCGCUUUUUGGGUCCUGCGUAUGGGGCGCCCGCCUCAAUCGGGUCCGUGGCUGGUCUGGUCUGGUCUGGCUUGUCGACUGAUGUCAUGUUGUCCAGUGGCAUCAGAAGGCUGAGUGGUCGUGCUAUCGAUUAUUCUGUUGAGUUGCUCCCCCAAACAACAUCCAGUGAUGCCAGCUUAAAUUCAAAUAUUUUGUGUGGGCCAGCCACUCUAGGAGGUGGCGGAUGUGGCAAAACCAAAGCCGUCCGCUUGCGUUCAUAAACAUAAAGCUCCAGCGCUAGUUUUCCUUUUCUCGCAAGCACUAACAGAAACCCCAUCGACAAUCAUGACACACAUCCAUAAACACAAAGUAAGUAGUAAAAGCAGGCACGCAUAAGUAGCGCAGAUGUAGUAGAGUGCCGCGGAGCUGCCGUAUAAGGCUGCAGCAUGCUCGUGAUUGUGUGCCGAAGCUCCUCGGACGAUAAUUCUUCGUAAUCCUAAUAGUAUCAGCCCGAGGUGGAUGUGUUGGCACGCACUCAGAUACAUAUCUGGUGUGAUUGCGUGAAAAAA